CGGCUUGAUUAGUCUGCUGCUGAGCCUCGCCUGGAAUAGUCGCAUCUACUGUGGAGCUCAGAAAUCGUACAAGUCGUCAAGUGAUAACGCGCGAAACAAAGCACUGGAGAUGGGGCAAUCGCUGCCGCUGCUCAUCCGCCUUGUCGUCAUCGUCUGGCUGACAAUUAGUACGGCCACCGCCUGUCCCCGGGCGCCCACCCAUUUGAACCACGGACGACGCACACGCGGCGACAAUGGAUACAAAUUAAUUGUGGCCGAUGGACCCAGCGGCUAUGUGCCCGGCAAAACGUAUAAUUUGCUCCUUCUUGGAUCUCGAACCCACACGAAAAUCCAGCAUUUUACCCACUUCACCAUUGCGGCGGAGGCGCAUACUGGAGCACGACGUCCCCAGGCAGCCAGUCCGCGGCGAGUGGGUCGCUUCCAGCUGUUCAGCGAUUCCCUGACCAAGUUUAACGAUCGCUGUGUGAACACUGUUUCCGAGGCAGACUCCUACCCUAAAACAGAGGUCCAGGUGAUGUGGGUCGCUCCAGAGGCGGGUUCCGGAUGUGUUUCCUUGUCCGCAAUGGUCUAUGAGGGUCCCAAAGCCUGGUUUGCGGACGAUGGCAACCUAUCCACGGUAAUCUGUGAGCGGAAACCGGAUGCAGCUGCUGCCCAAAAGGAAUGCUGCGCCUGCGAUGAAGCCAAGUACAGCUUUGUUUUCGAGGGCAUCUGGUCGAAUGAGACCCAUCCCAAGGACUAUCCCUUUGCCAUUUGGUUGACCCACUUCUCCGAUGUCAUUGGCGCCUCACACGAGGCCAACUUUUCGUUCUGGGGCGAGAACCACAUAGCCACUGCCGGAUUCCGUUCCCUGGCGGAGUGGGGCUCACCGACUGCUCUGGAGGGGGAACUGCGGGCAAAUGGGCCCAAGUUGCGAACACUGAUCAAGGCCGCUGGCUUGUGGUAUCCGAAUGUCAACCAAAACACCUCCGCCAAGUUCCGUGUUGAUCGCAAGCACCCGAAGGUGUCGCUGGUUUCCAUGUUUGGUCCUUCACCCGACUGGGUGGUGGGCAUUAGUGGCCUGGAUCUCUGCACCGAGGACUGCAGCUGGAAGGAGUCAAUGACCUUUGAUCUGUAUCCCUGGGACGCGGGCACCGAUAGUGGUAUUUCUUAUAUGUCACCCAAUUCGGAAACGCAGCCGCCGGAGAGAAUGUACCCCAUCACCACCAUGUAUCCGGAGGAUCCCAGGGCACCCUUCUACAAUCCUCAGAGUCGCGAGAUGCCUCCUCUGGCCAGAUUGCACUUGAGACGCGAAAAGAUCAUUUCCCGGAACUGCGAUGAUGACUUCCUGAAGGCUCUCCAGCUGGAGGUGUCCGACGAUGCCGAGGAGCAGGACACCAGAGCCGAAUGCCGGGUGAGCGACUACUCCGCCUGGAGUCCGUGUUCCGUGAGUUGUGGCAAGGGAAUCCGCAUGCGCAACCGUCAGUAUUUGUAUCCGGCGGCGGCGGAUCAGAGCAAGUGCUCCCGCCAGCUGGUGUCCAAGGAGAUGUGCGUGGCCUCCAUUCCCGAGUGCGCUGGGGGAGAUGCUGCCUCCUCCCAGCCAAGAGAUCGCGGCGAUGAUGAGGGCGAGGAUCUGGCCAACUCGCAAUCCCUGGUGGGCAGCAAUGGCGAGGGAACCGGGCUGUGCAAGACCACGCCGUGGACGGUGUGGUCCGAGUGCUCCGCCAGCUGCGGCAUUGGGAUCACCAUGCGCACGCGCUCCUUUGUCAACUACUUGGGACGCAAGCGAUGCCCCCACAUCUCGGUGGUGGAGAAGAACAAGUGCAUGCGGCCGGAUUGCACGUACGAGCAGGUGGAGCUGCCGGAUCCGCAGUGUCCCACCACGCAGUGGAGCGACUGGAGUCCCUGCAUCGCCACCUGCGGCAAGGGCGUGACCAUCCGCACGCGUCUCGUCCUGCUGGAGAAUGGGCCGGACAAGGAGAACUGCACGCGGCGCAUGGAGCUGCACCAGCAGAAGGAGUGCGCCGGUCCCACCGACUGCCACAUCAACGCGGAGCAGGCCAAGGACAUCUGUGUCCAGGCCCCGGAUGCGGGUCCCUGUCGGGGCAACUACAUGCGCUAUGCCUACGAUCCGCAGAGCCAGCGCUGCGGCUCCUUCGUCUACGGCGGAUGUCGUGGCAACCGGAACAACUUCCUCACGGAGAACGACUGCCUGAACACCUGCAACGUGGUCAGGGGAUCAGCUCCAUCCAGGUCCGAUCGGAGGCGGGCUGGUCCGUAGGGCAAGGCUAUGUGAAGAAGGAGUCCCUGCCUGCUUGCUAGGACGGAGAAGAUCCCUUUGCUCCUCCGUUGGUCACUUGUAAAUGUAAAUGUACCUCCUUCAGAAAUCUUAAAUAAAGAGACAUUUUAACAGAAA